ACAGGGAUUUAAAUUUAACAAUGGACAAAACACACACAGGAAGCAAAUCAAGACCCUUUCCAGUAACAACAUUAUUCAAACAGGAGCCUCAGAAAUCUGAAAAAAUGCAGGUGACAUACAGAAUUCCAGCUCUCAUCUAUAUCAGUGACAAUCAAACGUUUCUUGCCUUUGCUGAAAAGCGGAAAACUGCAGAUGACACGGAUGCAGAUGUUCUUGUGAUGAGAAAAGGAACAUGUAAGGAUAGUGAAGUUGAGUGGGAUAAUAGUCAUGAGUUGCUCACUUCGGCUUGUCAACCAAACCACCGCAGCAUGAAUCCAUGUCCAGUCUAUGAGAGAGAAUCCAAGACCCUCUUUCUGUUUUUUAUCACUGUUCCUGUUGGGGUCUCUGAACACAAACAAAUACACAAGAAUAAGAAUCAGGGACGACUUUGUUACAUAACCAGUCAUGACACUGGCAAAACCUGGAGUGAUAUGACAGACCUGACAGCAGAUGUGAUCGGUGAGCAGGAGAAGGACUGGGCCACCUUUGCUGUCGGACCAGGACAUGGUGUUCAAAUGAAGAACGGAAGACUGAUUAUCCCAGCAUAUGUAUAUCCUUGCCACUCUCUCAACUGUGAACCCACAUCGCGUGCAUUCACAUUCUACAGUGAUGAUAAAGGAAGUACUUGGCAUUUAGGAAAACGUGUGGAUGGUGAGUCUAAUGAGUGUCAAAUGGCUGAGAUCAUUGACGACAAAGGUAACAGUAAACUUUACUGCAAUGCUCGAAGUAUAUCCGGCCACAGAGUCGAGGCUCUAAGUGAGAGUAAUGGAGAUGCUUUUGACAAGCCUUCAUCUGCACGUAAGCUGACAGAGACCGGACAUGGCUGCCAAGGAAGUGUGUUGAGUUUUGCCCCUGAUCCAGCAACUGAAAAAACAUGGCUACUCUAUUGCCAUCCAACCAAUCCAAGCAAGAGAAUGUGCCUUGCCGUCUACUUGAAUAAAUCGCCGUGGGAUGCCUCAGGAUGGGAGGACCGUAAAUUGAUCAUCUACGAUGGUCCAAGUGGAUACUCCGAUCUGGCUCACUGUGGAGAUGGAAAACACUUUGCCUGUCUUAUGGAAUGUGGAGAGAUAAAUGAGGUUGAAGGGAUAGCCUUUGUCCUUUUUAAACUCAGUGACGUCAUUUAGGCCAGGGGUGCUAAUUGAGACUGCAAAAGUCAACAUUUUCUUUUCGUUUGGCAAAUUAGUAAUUUACUGCUAAAAAUAAUGGAGAAGUACUCACAAAAUUGAUAUUAAGCAUAUUUAAAUCAUCAAAAUAUGAAGAUCAUACACACUACCAUUCAAAGCUUUUUUUAAACCACAUAAACACAUUUCAUUACACCAAAUAAUGUUCUUUUUAGCAACAUCAUAUGACCCCUUUAAAACAUUACUUUACCUGGGCUACAUAUGAUCUCAUAAUCAAGUGCUUCUGUCAGUUCGCGUUGAAAAGAGAUUAAACAUUGAGGACCGUAGAAAUGAGUGCAGCUGCCAAUAUGCAGUUUGCUGUGGAGAACAGUAUCUAGCACAACGUUUGUGUGUUUCUUUUCACAGGAUGCAUAUGUUUAGCGGAUCAAACACUAUACCAAUGCUAAUAUGAUGCUUCCAACAUGCUUGGCACAGAAGUUUCUGAUUUAUAAAUUCCUCACCCACAGUGGUCUGGUUUCAUUUGUAGAUGGUCCGGAUUCAUUGCUAAAAGACUUAUUUUCAAUUGCGAUAUUCAAUAUUUAUUUUUUUUAAUAAAUUGAUCUGAUUGAUGUUAGUUUCACCAUUUUCAAAUUCAACUCCACAAACGUGUGCAUUUUACUAUUAUGUCCUUAUGUCGUAACAUAACAUGGUGGGUGGGACUAACAGAAAUUGACGAAUCAUCAUGUUGACAAGUGUAGACUAUGGUAUACACCUAUAGGAAGAGGGAAAAUGAAGAAACUGCCUCCAAUUGACCAUAAAAACUUUUUUAUAAAGCUAUAGUGAAAAAAAUAGUAAUAUUUUUGUUGAAUAAUUUACAUCCAUUUGGAAAAUUACCUACUUCUCAGUGGGUGGGCCCAUGCCCUCCCGCUUCACCACUGCUCCAAACUUUUGAUCAAAAUACUUCCUGAUGUAUUACCGUCUAGCCAAAAAUGUGCUUUAUGCAAAGCAGUUCUGUGCCAUUUUUCCAUUUUUAUUGUAGAUUUCAGUUUUUCUUUUCUUUUGCAAAAAUUUAUAACAGCUGCUUUCCUCACUUUCAUGACCGCUCUUUCUCCAACCGUGCUUUAUUUAUUUUUUAUUUUUUACAAACUUAUUUGAAGUAGUCCUUGAGUUGCAUAUCAAGCCCUCUUUCGUGGACAGCAUAUACCUGUUUACCUUCAUCAUACUCAAAGAUUAUAUGAACAAACUUGUGAAAUAAAAAGGAAAUGCA